UGUCGUUUCCGUAGCAGCAUGGCGGCCACGGAGGAUGAGCGGCCCGCGGGGAGUGGAGAGGGAGAGCGGCUGGAUUUCCUACGGGACCGGCACGUGCGGUUCUUCCAGCGUUGCCUACAGGUCUUGCCGGAGCGCUACUCUUCGCUCGAGACCAGCAGGUUGACUAUUGCAUUUUUUGCACUCUCCGGGCUGGAUAUGUUGGACUCCUUAGAUGUGGUGAACAAGGAUGAUAUAAUCGAGUGGAUUUACUCCCUGCAGGUCCUUCCCACAGAAGACAGAUCAAAUCUAAAUCGCUGUGGUUUCCGAGGCUCUUCAUACCUGGGUCUUCCAUUCAAUCCAUCAAAGAAUCCUGGAACAGCUCAUCCUUAUGAUAGUGGCCACAUAGCAAUGACCUACACUGGCCUUUCAUGCUUAGUUAUUCUUGGAGAUGACCUAAGCCGAGUAAAUAAAGAAGCUUGCUUAGCAGGCUUGAGAGCCCUUCAGCUAGAAGAUGGAAGUUUUUGUGCGGUACCUGAAGGCAGUGAAAAUGACAUGCGAUUUGUAUACUGUGCUUCCUGUAUUUGCUAUAUGCUCAACAACUGGUCUGGCAUGGAUAUGAAAAAAGCCAUCAACUAUAUUAGAAGAAGUAUGUCCUAUGACAAUGGGUUGGCACAGGGAGCUGGACUUGAAUCUCAUGGAGGAUCAACUUUUUGUGGCAUUGCAUCACUGUGCCUGAUGGGUAAACUAGAAGAAGUUUUUUCAGAAAAAGAAUUGAACAGGAUAAAGAGGUGGUGUAUAAUGAGACAACAAAACGGUUAUCAUGGAAGACCUAAUAAGCCUGUCGACACCUGUUAUUCUUUUUGGGUGGGAGCAACUCUAAAGCUUCUGAAAAUUUUCCAGUAUACUAACUUCGAGAAAAAUAGAAAUUAUAUCUUAUCAACUCAAGAUCGCCUCGUAGGGGGAUUUGCCAAGUGGCCAGAUAGUCAUCCAGAUGCUUUGCAUGCAUACUUUGGAAUUUGUGGCCUGUCACUAAUGGAGGAAAGUGGCAUUUGUAAAGUUCAUCCUGCCCUGAACGUAAGCACACGGACUUCUGAGCGCCUUCGAGAUCUCCAUCAGAGCUGGAAAACCAAGGACUCUAAACAGUGCUCAGAGAAUGUACACAUCUCCACAUGACUAACUUUAGAUUGGGAGGGUGGGGGGGAUUUGUAGCCUAACUGUAGCUCAAGGUUAAAAGCCAUGUAUAACCAAGUGUGCUCUUUUUUUUAAGAGGUAGAGUCUUACAAUUGAAUCUUGUGCUGAUGUCACUUUGGUAUAUGGUCUUGAGCCAGUAACCUUCGUACUAGGUUUCAAGGAAAUCUUUGUUGAAGUUUGAACCACAGUGGACUCUGUUGUGGUUCUUAAAUGUUUAUAUACUGUAUUUCUAAGUUCUUUGAGGCAAACUAACUGUAUGUAUGAAGGUUAUCUUUUUAAAAAGCUCUUCAGUACAAAAUUGUAUCAUAAAUACAAAUCUUCAAAAGGAGUUUACAGUUCACAUAGCAUUGAUAAUCUUCAGGUGAACACUUAGUGAUCAUUUAAAAAGCUUGACUGCUGAUGGUAGAACAUUGCUUUAAUGAAUCAAGCAUCUGGGAUUAUUCUUUGAAAACAGAUGAUCCCAUAAUUUUUAAAAAGAAGACUUAUUUUGACUUAAGUAAAAUGUGCCAAUUAAACUUUUGUGGCCUAUACAAAUGAAAUUAACUUCAUAGCAAGAAUGAAUAGGCUUAACUAAUACAAUAAUUUUCUAAAGGGAGAUUGUUUUAAGAAGACUAUUAUGUAACUGAGGGACAAGUAAUAUAACUGUAUGUGAUUGUGAAUGGGAAAGUUUUGUGCUGUGUGGGUCAUUUAUUUUAGAUGUUGCUGGGGUAAAUAACAGUUAUGUUUGAUUUUACUCUCAAAUCAUUAGUUGCUUUUUUUUCCUUUCUGCAGAGAAAAAAGUCUUAUCUAGAAGGAAAGCCAUUUAAUGGUUUUGUUUCUUUUUCUGAGAUAUGUGAUACUGUAAAUUAUACUUGUACUUUUAUAACUGAGUUAUUUUUAGCCAUUUGGAUUCUUAUUUUUAGUUUGUUGCCCCAGUGUGUUAGCUGCUCUAAUUUCAAACUGAUGAUUUUCUAAUUUUUUCAAAUGAAAUAAGUAAACAUUUAAGUAAAAAAAAUAGCACCACUCAAGUAAAGUUAAUGGUGUAACUCCAUACACGGUCAUUCAUAUUUUUGUAUUUUCAGGUAAGUGGGAAGGAAAUGUACCAUUUAGGGGUUAAGGACUGGGGUUUUGCUUUUCUUUGUUUUGUUUUCUUCAUUCUGUGACCUAGCUAAUUGUAAAGGAGUUAGUAUAAAAACUCAUCUUUAUUAGUAAUCAAUUAUCAGUAAAUUACAUCUGUCACUGUUGCUCUAUGACGUUCAAAGUUAUGAGAGUAGUGCUGAAAUGGAGAAGGAAAUCUCUUCACCAGAGGGACUGGGUUUCAUUUAAAGUCUUGGUGAUAAUAAAUGUUGGAUUAUUAGUUUUACAAGUUAUCAGUGUAAAAACUAAGUUACUAGUAUCACUGUUUAGGUAUUGUAAUAUUUAAAUUUUUAUUUUAAUUUCUUUCCUAGAGUGGAGAAAAAAUACCCUUAAAUAAUGGUCCUUCCCAAAGGAAACCUAGUAUAUACUUGGAGAAAUGAUUCAUUUAUUAUUGGCAUGCUUAGUUUUAAAUCCCAAUUUGCCAAAGUCAAAAAAAAAUUUUUUUUAAAUUAGAAAUAAAAUCAGUUUUCAGAUGGUGGGGAUAAAAUAAGCCUAACAACAGAUGUCAUCCUUCCAUGAGUUAUUCCAGUUUGUACCAGUUUAAAUUCUGACAAAUUGACAUCUACAUCUCAAACUAACUCAUUUUGUAGACAUCAGGAGUUAAAAUGGCAUAUAUGUAACGGCUUUAGAACUAUUUAAAAAGCCCCAGUUUUUUUUUUUCCUGAAUUGCCGUUCAUGGUUGGAAGCUUAAAAAGUUAGUAAUAGUAGCCGUAUUCAUAUGAAGGAGAAUUCCAAGGUCAAAGUAUUUCAAAAAACUACUAAAUAUUUUCUAACUCCUUGUGUAAUUUAAUAGCAUAAGAUUUUAUAUUACAAUAUGAUUCUAAUUGAUAUACUCUUGAGAGACCUCCUUGUGAAACUUUAUGGACCAGUGAAUGUUCACAUUCCAAGCAGCAUAUUGACCAAAAAAAUACCAGCCCAUUGUGAAUUGUGGAGAAACUAUUACCAACUUUUUCUAAAUAGUUACCUACAAGAAAAGUAUUAAUAAAAUAAAUUAUAAGCACUAUUUCAUAUAUAUACUUGGUUCUUUAGCAGUGGUGAUAGAAUAAGAAGGGGAAUAUGAAGUCUCAGUAACUUUGUUCCCUAUGCUCUACGGCCAACUCCAGUAUGGUAUUUUUUAGACUAUGGUAGGAGAGGCCUUGUUUUGAGCAUAUGCAUGAAAACAAGGUUCAUCAGGUCAUAUAACAGAAUAUCAACCUAUUUAUCAUCUACAGUGCUUUUAGAUUUGACCUAUAAUAUGUGUACAUUUUAAUUAGAUCUUUAAAUAAUUAUUUAUAAAUAUUCAAAUUCAAAUAGAAGUUUUGCCGACAGUGGUACAUAGUCUGAAACUGUCGGGCCUGAUAAUCUUUGAGAGUCAGUAUAGUAAGGAGGUGCUCUGGAGUCAGAUGACUUGGGUUUAAAUCCUAGAUCUGCCAGUUCACCAGUGUAAUCUUGGACCCUAACUUCCCCUUUGAUAAAAUGAGGGGGGAAAAAUCUAACUCACAAGAUUGUUUGAAGAUCAAAUGAGGUAAUACAUAUAAAGUACUUAGCAUAGUACUAAGUAAAUAAAGUAAAUUCCUGAAAUAAAGUAAAUUCCUAAUUAUAAUUUCUGUCAUAACCAUCAUAAAAUUGUUUUUAAAACCUCUCUUUUCUGUAAUAGAGAUCCCACAGAGUUUAAACUCGAGGAAGAUGAUGGCAGCAUUGUAGUUUCUCAAUCUCCCCAUUCGAAUCCAGAGUAACUAGGAUAGCUAUUCUACAAAACUAGAUGACAGGGUGUCCCCAUGAACUUCAGAAUACAGUUUUAUAAGGACAAACCACUGACCAACAUGGUUUCAGCAUCUGUGUGGGAGGAAGUGAAAGGCAGGCAGCUGGUUUCUGACAGCCUUGAGAAUAGAACUAUAACAUUGCCCCCAGUUUCUCACUAGAAAGUACAGUGGGCCAGUCUGAGAACAAAAGCUGAAACUGGGAGGGGUUCUACAGGUCCCCAUUUGCAGGUAAGUGUUAGAGCAAUAUCUGAUGAUUGUGCUAGAGCAGUCUGGGCCCUGUCCUGUAUACAUCUUAAAACCAAUGAGAUAAAGCCUAGCUAGAAAUAGAAUCCAAAUUGGGCAGGAUAGGUACAAUAGGACAAAGAGAAGAGAGAGUCCAGAUAAAUGUUGGGAAGGAAAGUCAGUAUACCUAGACAUUAUAUGUGGACAUAGAUAAUUUUUUAAAUCACUUUGUGAAAAUGAAACAGGAACUUUAGGGCCAUAGAGCAAAGAAAAGUCGUCCUAGGGCACCCCUUCCUCCUAAAAGUACAGGAAAACUCAUUUCACCCGAAAACAAAACCAAAACCUGAGAAGGAUUACAGUCAAAGCCCAUUCAAAGUUGUUUUAAGGAAUAGAAGAAUAAGCAGCCCAAUAUCCCCACAGACAUUGGAAGCACACCAGAAGGACAUGACCACAAGACUGAUGAAAACCUAGUAUUUAUUGAUUUUAAAAAAGCCAUUAUGACAGGAAAUUUAUAGUUUUAGAACAAUAUCAAUAAAAAUGAGAAAAGCUAAGAAUUACACAAUCGAGUCUUAAAAACUGGAGGAAAAAGCAAACCAAAAGGAAGUAGAAGGAAGGGAUUAAUAAAAAGGAGGAAGGAGGGAAGACAAGAUAGACAAACCACCAGACAAUCUUUUCAAGAAAAAAAGGGAGGAAGCAAAAACACAAAAGUUUAAAUGACAAGAGAGAAAUAACCAUAAAACAGGAAAUUUUUCAAAAUUAUAACACUACUUUGAGUAAUUUUAUAUAAUAAAUUAGAAAAUAAUAACCUUUCUUAGAAAAAUGCCAAUUGCCAAGAUUACCAAAGUAGAUACAGAAAUUCAAAACAAAUGGACUCUUUACAAAAAAAAAAUCAGGCCCAGAUUGUUUCAAGGGUAUUUCUACCAAACUGUCAUGAUUAAAUAAUCCUAAUGUUGUUUAAACAAUUCCAGGGGCUAUAAAGAGACUCUUGAACCUCAAAGGGCAAAAAACACAAAAAAGGCUUCUAAAUUCAUUUUGUAAAGUGAACAUGAUAAGCAUUGUUUCUAAAACCUGAGAAAGUUUGUACCAAAGAGAAAAUUAUAGACCGUUCUCACUUAUGAAUAUAUCAGUACAUAAAUGUUAACAGUACAUUAGCAAACAAUUCAACAACACUUUCAAAAAAUAAUAAGUCAUGAGUAAGUUGGAUUUAUUAUAGGAAUCUGCAAGACUAUUAUUAGACAAUCCAUUAAUAUUCAUCAUAUUAAAAGAGUUAAGGAGAAAAAUCAUGAUUAUCUCCAUCUUUGCAGAAAAGACACUUGACAAAAUUGAGCACUCAUUUAUGUUAAAUAUACUCAAUAAGUAGAAAUUGAUGAGUAAUUCAUUGACAUUGUACCUCUGCCCAAAAGCCAGCAUCUUAAUAUCGAUACUGAAGUCAGGAACAAGGCCCACUAUCUCCUCUACUAUUUAACUUUGUGUUGGGGGAUUUAGUCAAUGAGAUUAGACAAAAGAAAACAAAGACAUGAAUUGAAAAGGAAGAGGAAAACUAUUUUUGAAUAUGAUUUUAUAUCCGGAAAACACAAAGGAAUUUGUUGAAAAGCUGUAAGAGAACUUAGUAAAGUAGCAAUUGCAUACAAGUAACAUACAGCUAUCAGUAGCCUUCACCAGACACAAGAGAGUGCAUACUCUGAUUCCAUUUAGAUGGAGUUCAAAAUGGGCAAAAUUGUCUAUGGUGUCAGAAAUCAGUGCCCCCAUUCAAUCACUACCUCCCUCCUCAAAGGUAAGCACUAUCAAGACUUAAAUCACCAUCAGUUAUGUCUGGCUUUGAACUUUCUGUAAGUGGAAUCAUAAUGGAAACAUUAGUUUUCAGCUGGUUUCUUUUGCUCCACAGGGACUGGAAGAGUACAAGGCAGAGUCUGUGGUGCUGGCGAUGUUCUGUUUCAUAACUUAGGUGCUGGUUACAUAGGUGCAUUCACUUUAUGAAUAUUUAUCAAGCUGUACACUUAUGAUUUGUGCACUUUUCUGUAUGUGUAAUUACAGUUCAAUAAAAAUGUUUACUAAAAAGAAUAAAAGACUAU